CAAUGUCACGCUUGUACAGACGGGAACAUUGAGCGUGUGUAUACAUAUGAACCAUGUUUAAUUUUAGGUGUGUGUUUAAUUCAGCGAGCACUUUAUGCCGACAGCUAAUCACUCCGCUGAAUGUCAACGGGACCGCCUCACAGUGUGGAAUCAGAAGGCUGCCGCAGCUGAGGCCGUUGUUCCUCAGCGCUGUGAGCCAUCAGGAGGCGGAAGCUAGCACGGGGAAAGACUUCAGCCAUUUACCCCCUAUGCCUGGUCAAGACAGUCCACUGAGAUGGGCUGGGAAGAAGUUUGAAGAGUUACCAAUUAUUCACAUAAAAGCAACAUACAACAACACGCACAUCCAGCUUACAGACAGCGCAGGACAGUCUUUGGUCCGGACGUCCUGUGGCACGGAAGGCUUCAAGAACAGCAAGAAGUCGACGCCCAUCGCCGCGCAGACCGCAGGCAUCUCUGCUGCAGCGAAAGCCACAGUAAAAGGAGUCACGUUUGUUCGUGUUGUGGUCAAAGGUCUCGGUCCUGGACGUCUGUCUGCAAUCAAAGGCCUGACGAUGGGAGGCCUGCAGCUGGUAUCGAUCACGGACAACACCCCCGUGCCACACAACGGAUGCCGCCCACGUAAAGCCAGAAGGAUCUGACGACGCCCCGAUGCCGCAGCGCUUUGUAUGGAAGCUGUUAACUUGGACUAUGCUAAUAAAGUGUUUUGUUAUGUAA